AUGAACCCCGAAUACGAUUAUCUCUUCAAGCUCCUCCUCAUCGGAGACUCCGGUGUUGGAAAGUCUUGCUUGCUGCUCCGAUUCGCCGAUGACACCUAUACCGAAAGCUACAUCUCGACCAUCGGUGUUGAUUUCAAAAUCCGCACUAUCGAGCUCGAUGGCAAGACUGUGAAACUUCAGAUCUGGGACACUGCUGGCCAGGAACGAUUCCGUACCAUCACUUCUUCCUACUACCGUGGUGCCCACGGUAUCUGCGUUGUUUACGAUGUGACCGACAUGGACUCCUUCAACAACGUCAAGCAGUGGCUUCAGGAGAUUGACCGAUACGCCACCGAGGGUGUCAACAAGCUGCUCGUCGGUAACAAGAGCGAUAUGGAGGACAAGAAGGUCGUGGAGUACACUGUUGCAAAGGAGUUCGCCGACAGCCUUGGAAUUCCCUUCCUCGAGACCUCUGCCAAGAACGCAUCCAACGUCGAGCAGGCUUUCUUGACGAUGGCACGACAGAUCAAGGAGCGCAUGGGAACAGCCACUGUCAACAACAAGCCCACCGUGCAGGUUGGCCAGGGCCAGGGCGUCCAGUCUGGAUCCGCAGGCGGCUGCUGCUAG